GAUGCAGACAGCGAAUCACAUGAGCAGGGAUCUGUUUACAAACUGAGAGCUGCAGAUGAGAAGUGGAGAAGAGAGACGAGGGAGGAGAGUAAAUGUGAGAGGGAAACAGAGGAGGAGAGAGCUUGGAUCAGAAUUAAGAUUGGUGCUGUUGUCUUCCUGUGUUACAAACCAAAUGCUGUGUGUUCUGCAUAGGGAGCAGAAAAGCAGAUGGAGGUGUUGGGAUCCGCUUUCCACAGGAGCACGAAGGGGACUGCCUUCUUCUCUCUGCCUUCACAGAUAACAGGCUGAGCUGAAGGGAAAUUCAUCCAUGUCUUUUUUCUUUGUCUCUCCACGGCAGGCUAUUGAAGCCAGAGAUAAGAAGAGUGACUCGAGAAUCUAAGAGGAGAACACACAGGAGGAAGAAGAAAGGAGAGCAAAUGCAACAGUGACUGUUCAGCCAGAGGUUAAAUCCUAGAAGAGAUCUGGAAUUUAUUUAAUGUCUUCCUUCCCUCUUUGUCAUCGAACAUGAAGACACAAAGGAUUACUCAGAUGCUAGUAUCAGAUGCUUGAAAAGUCGAUGGGAGUAUAACGCUUUGUGUGGAUAAAUCUUCAACAGACAAUAGAGCUCAGAAGAACAUUUGGCUAAUUAGUGGAUAUCUUGUUUUGUGUUAUCUGAAGGCCUCUAAACUCUUUGCACAUCGACACAUUCUGUCUUCAACAUAAACCGGAGUACAGGAAACCUGGUUUUAGUUUGCAGUUCUCGAGAACUUCUUCAAACAGUGCUUUCUGAGAAACUGUAGAGUAAUAACAUCAAACUUUUCUUCCAGGGAGUGUUUGUCACACAUUUGCAUGUUGGAUGCAUCCGGUUCAGUGGUGUUACGGGUGUCUAUGUAACUCUGGACUGCAGAACACUGCCUCCCAUUGCAAGAUGACAACUGAAAAACUCUUCAGCCUGCCACUAAACAUCUACCUCAUCAUCCUGGGCACUGGCCUCUUCAUCCUCAUGCUUAGCCUCGUCUUCUGCUGCUACUUUUUCAGACUGAGAAGACAAGGUGCGAGAGAGCACUAUGGCUACAAUGAGGUGGUUUUGAAAGGGGCAGGAAAGAAACUGAGUCUUCUUGGUCAAACAUGUGCAGUAUGUUUGGAAGAGUUUCGCUGCAGGGAAGAGCUUGGAGUGUGCCCAUGUUCACAUGCUUUUCACAAAAAAUGUCUGCUAAAAUGGUUAGAAAUCCGGAGUGUGUGUCCAAUGUGCAACAAGUCAGUUUGUCGAGUCCAAACUGAACCCCAACAAACAGCGGAGCAGCCACAGAGUCUCUCGGAGGUCUGAUAAAGGAGCAAUGAUGGGAAAUCUUCAUUCAGCUGAACUGACUCACUCAGAGUUUUAAUUAAUUAUUUCUCAAAUGCAAAUAUUUCUUUAAGGUAAAGCUGCUCUUGCAGAGAUUUUAAAGUGAAUCUCAUUAAGAGUAGAAGAACGUCCCAGGAUAACCCC